UGUGUCGGACUCACCACUGUCUCAAACCAGGACAGAGUUAAUAAGAGCCGGACAUGAGGCACCACGUGACUCGGUGUCUGAUUUGAAGUGAACACUGUGAAGAGCGAGGGUCCCGCAGUAGCGAGGCGUUUGUAGUGACAUAAAGUGCUUCUCUGAGUGUGUUGCGCUGGACGAUAAACUUAUGCCAUUAGUGUCAAAGGUAAGGCGAAGCUGCAAAUGGGCGGCAUAGGCGGGAACCUUUACCUCAGCAUGUUGAAUGGGACUGAAACACAAACUUUCGGGAAGAGUCCGGCUGACAUUCACCUGCACCGCGGCGGGAAGGACCUAAGCGACUUCAAGAUGGGCAUCCAGGAGCCCCGCUUUUACUACACGGACGGAGUCCAGGGGGGACAGGACCCGCUGGCUUUGCCCUUUCACUCAGAACCAACUGUGGGUGGCUACGGGGGGCAGCCCACCCGUUUUUACGCUCAGUCCCUCAGUAGUUGUCCGUACGGAGAGAUGCGGAGGAGUGGGAUAGCGGCACACGCGCAGGGGUACAUUCCCGCUCCUACUCCGGGUGACGGGUUUUCAACAGGGGGCAAAGAUGUUUACCACCCGUCUUCUCCUGAAUACUCCACCAGCUUCCAGCACGGCUUCCAGCGGCCGCCGCUCUAUCCGCUCCCAGGGCUGCAGGUCUGCGGAAAGACGCAGGCGCUGCUCAAUAACUACCCACUCUGGGCCAAGUUCCACAAGUUUCAGACUGAGAUGAUCAUCACUAAACAGGGCAGGAGGAUGUUUCCAUUCUUGAGCUUUAACAUCAGCGCUCUGGAUCCUUCUGCUCAUUAUAACGUCUAUGUGGAUGUAGUUUUGGCUGAUCAGCACCACUGGAGGUACCAGGGAGGCAAGUGGGUCCAGUGUGGAAAGGCAGAAGGAAACAUGCCAGGAAACCGGAUGUACAUGCACCCAGACUCGCCCAACACUGGAGCUCACUGGAUGAGACAGGAAGUGUCCUUCAGCAAACUCAAGCUCACCAACAACAAGGGCAGCACCAAUAAUGUGGCUCAGAUGGUGGUGCUGCAGUCGCUCCACAAGUACCAGCCUCGCCUUCACAUCGUGGAAGUGAAGGAGGAUGGAUCUGAGGAUCCAUUCCUCUCGUCCAAGGCCCAGACCUUUGUGUUUCCUGAGACACAGUUCAUCGCCGUCACCGCUUAUCAAAACGCAGAUGUAAGUCACUCUGAAAUAGACCAUAACCCCUUCGCUAAAGGUUUCCGAGACAAUUACGACACGUUAUACGCCCCUCCCGACUCGGACCGCCUUACCCCUUCUCCCUCUGAAAACCAGCAGCUGUUGGCGGGCACCUGCUACCCCCCUCAGGGCUACCAUCUCACGGAUCAGUAUAUGAGCCCUCUGCCUCAAAGCCGCUUCUUCAGUCGGGACGCGUUGACUGGUAUGAGUCAACAGUCUAAAGACCCCUCCUCUUCUUCUAGCCCGGGACCUCAUAGCCGCUGGUACCAACCCCCAAACCGCCUUGACUUCACGUCCUCAUACGAAGGGGAGUUUCCAAAUGGUUUUUACAAGCCUUUCCCUUUACAAACAUCGGCACAUCACCCACUCAGCUACUAUCCUGAUCACACAUUUGGGCCAGGGAGUGUUUCAGUGUCAGGCACUCCUACACCAGGCUGGGGUGCAAAUCGACCUUCUCCCCAGUUCCUAAGCCAUUCUAGUAAACCUCCACCAAGCUUAGGCUGGUUCAGACCAAUAUCAUCCUCUUCUUCAUCUUCGUCUUCCUCAAUAUCACCUGGGAACCCAAGACUCCAUGCGUCUUCUUCUCUGCUGGAGCCACACCCUCCACCUUUGCAACAGGAUAAGUCCAAAGGUGGCGGUGUGAGAGGGGAGACGUGGUUAGAUCCAGUUUCAGUCAAAUCCGCAGACUCUGUGGACUCAGGUUUGUUUGAAAGUGGGGUCUCGGACAAUAAGAAAAGAAGGGUAUCUCCGUACGCGUCCAGUACUGAGAACUCCCCUCCUUCACGUGCGGGUGAUGAGAACAACAGUGAUGCAGACUAUUACGGUUACUACACGCACUGAGGACAUGAAACUAAGUGUGUUUUGGUGUCUACCCUUGUCCUAUAUACACAAACUCAAAUGUGACUGCAAGUGCUAUGUUUUGCAGAGUUAGCCUGGCCAGUUUGACUCAUUCACUUUUAUUAACAAGUGAAGUAGAUCUGUAAUCCUUUCAAACUAAAGCCCUAUCCAUGGGUUUCGGAAUGAUGAAAAAGUUGAACAGUUGCCACAGUGAUUAACAAUUUUAAAUAUAUAUAUAUCUGUGUGAUUGUAAAAAGGUAAUCAAAUAGUUGCAGAUCUGCAACCUAUGAAUACAGGUCACAAAAUAGUUAUUUAAUAGUUAUUGUUAUUUUAUAUUAAUUUUUAAACUUUAAAAUUUUAUACUAAAAUACUAAUAUUAUUCACUCAUUCACUUGUGUUGUGUUAGGCUAUAUUUUGUUGCUCUUCAAUAGUUUUGCAUGUAAAAUUAUUAAAAUUAUUUCUGGGACUGACUGGCCAGGCUAAUAAAUGCAGCUCCUGAUUUUACCAUCAAACUCUUUGUCAAAGUGUCAAAAGAUAACAAGUUUUCAAGAUUUAUGUCAGAGUUAGUUUACUGAAACAGAACUGAAGAAGCGCCUGGUCCUGCCCCAUUGUCCUAGAGGCACAUAAACACCUCACCUGUGACUUUCCAAACAUGUAAAUUUAAAAACAUUAUAUUUGUAUCUCUGAGCCUGACAGCAGCCCUGAGGAAACUGUCUCUUCCUCAUGCAUCAAAAUUUGUGUCUGUGUAGUUUCAUCUGUAGUUUCAUCUGUCUCUUGUCAUUUUACCCCAAACCACUCACACUUAGUUUUUCAGCGAUGACAACCACAAUACGCAGACGUGCAUUUCCCCAUUUUCCCCCUCAUGAUUUUGCGGCAAUAGUGAGACAUUUCAUAUAACUACUCCUCAACGCUGUACUAAAUACUAAGCAUGCUGGCGCCCACUAGUGGCGAGGUAAAGGCACUUGAAGUUCAAAGCGCAGACGUAAGGUUAAUACAGGAAUUCUGAACUGGAUGGUGGUCAGUUUCAAGACUAAUUAUAUUAGCAACAUUAAAAUAGCCCCCAUUAAGAUUACAGGUGAGUAAUAUUGUUCACUUAGAACACAGAAACACAUAUUUGAUUGCUCUAUAUGCAUUGUCAAUUUGUGCUUUUUAAAACUCUUUAUGGUCCAAGUACCUAACCAUGUACAAUAUGUUACAAAUUACUUGUACAUAUUAUUUAAGUUUUAUUUGUCACUGAUUUAUCCAAAAGUAUUGAUUGAUGAAGUUUUAAACAAGAAAUGUCCCAGGAGACCUUAUUUUUGACCGAUCUGCUACACACAAACAGUAAAGAGGGGAAUAGAUUUCAUUUGUUUAGCUAAAAUACAGAACACCAUGCUUGAAAAUUAUCAUAAAGCAAAAAAAUAAAUAAAAAAAUGCACUAACACAAGUCAUUCUGACUAUGACAAUGUUAUACGUAGCCCCGUUUUCAGUUUUGAAAAUCACACUAUGCUGAUUGUAAAAUACAAAAUAGUCCUUUGCUUUAGUCCUUACAUUAAGUUAAAAUAAUCAGUUUUGAUUGGGUGUACGUCUAAGAAAACCUCUGCAUUUGACCCUUCCUGUAUAAAGCACAUGUGCUAAUAGCAAGUGAUAAAUGUGGGUCACUGAAAGAGGCUGCAUUUGUAGGUAAAUAAAGAGGACAGUGCCACCUUCUCAGCAGAGGAAUAGGAAGCUCAGACUGACCAGGCGUCUCCCUCCAUAGACUCCACCAUGACGUGACACAAGUCGGUCCUGAUCAGAGAACUGCCCCUCACACGCUGCAGGUACGCUAACUGCCCCCGACAUCACUGGGGGCAAAUAACUACCUUCUAGAGCAGAAAAGAUAAAAUAGAUCUUUGUAGUGUAUGAGUGGUCACACACAAAAUGCAAAGGACAGACAAAUCAUCAUGGGUGUUCAAAACGUGCCAUAAACUUAAAUUUGAAUUGUGUGGACAAUCAACUUUGAGUAUGCACUGUAAAAUGUGGUAACACUUUAAAACAACUACAUUUUAAUUAACUUUAAUGAAGCAUAAACAAAGACUUAAUUAAUAAUGAACAUAUAGUUUUUUAAGAAUGAUUCAUUCUUAGUAACUGCUUAAUUAAUAUCCUAACCCCUUAGAUUAACUGGUUGCUUAGCUUGUAUCAAUCAUAAUUAACUAUAUGUUCAUUAAAAAGUAAGUAAGCAUGUUUUUCUUCAUACUUGAAGGCUAAAUAAGGUGUAGUUAUGAAGUGAUAUGAAAAAAAUAUUUAUUUUUUUCUAUAAUGUCCAUUUUUAUAUUUACAUGGAUACCCUAUUUCAAAAAGCAAUUGAAUAUUGUGUGACAACUAAAUGCUGAGAAUGGUGUGGUGUGAUUAGACACAUGUAAGUUGUGCAUUAUCUAUUUUAUGAUAUAUUUAAGAAAUCUGAAGAACAUGUAAAGUGCAAUUAACAAAUUGGUUCUAAGAGUUAUUUAAAUAUGCACUGAACAUACGCACUGGUGAUGGAGAGGUGCAGGGUGUUGUGGAUCAACGCUGAAAUGAUAAAUGAGUGAUCCCUGCUGGUAGACUCUAGUAUUACAGCAGUUUAUUCAAUACUUUUAAUAUAAUGUGUUGAAAAUCCAAUCUUUCCACGUCUUUUGUUUGUUUUUUACCCCUUUGUUAACUCAGUUUAAAAAAGAGGUCACAUACAGGCUUUAAUAUCAGGGAAUUAAACUGUAAAUUAGUAAAUACAGAACAGGGUAAAGUCAAGUGUGACGCAUGUUAUUUUUUGUGAGUGAUCGAUGUGCACUGUUUAUGUCCAGGAAAAACUGCCAAUUAUAUUCUCAUUCACCAUUAAUGAAGAGUGCUGUACAUAUACUCAAAUGUGCGGUUAUGUGAAGGGGAAUUGUUGGUAUCACACAAAUAUUUUAAUUUAAUUUGCUUAUUACAAUGCAAUUUUUGAAGUGAAAUUGUAAUUUAUUUAAAGUGGCAACUGUAUAUUGUAUUGUUCUUUUUAUUAAUAAAAUGAAUUUAGAAUACCA